AUGGCUUUAAACAAACUACCACCAGAGCUGCUUUUAAUUCUGGCAGAACAUAUAACUUCAAAGCCUGAUAUUAACUCCAUAUGUCAAACCUGCCACCUAUUCUAUCAAUCCUUCAACCAAUAUUUAUAUCAACGGGAUGUCAAAAGUUUAGAAAGCCGCGCACUUAUAUACGCUGCCCAAAGCGGCAAUUUCGGCACAGCCAUCUUAUGUAUUCAAUAUGGGGCUGACGUCAAUGUGGUGGACAAGCAGAUGAAAAGAACUGCGCUGUCGUGGGCUGCAGAGAAUGGACAAGAGGAGGUAGUAAAGUGUCUGCUUUCGAACGGAGUCGAUGUGAACUUAAAGACCAAUGAAGCUUUGUCACCACUCUCCUGGGCUGUUGCCAGAAAGCAUGACGGAGUAGUUCAACUCCUCCUUCAAAAUGAGGAAGUUGAUGUGAACCUAACUGACUGGUAUCACCGGACACCCCUGUCUUGGGCUGCAAGGGAUGGUAAUGUUACAGUGGUGGAGCGUUUACUCCAAAGGGUAGAGGUGGAUGUGAAUUUAAAGGCCGACGAUGCUUUGUCACCACUGUCCUGGUCUAUUGCCAAUAAACAUGACGCGGUAACUAAACUCCUCCUUCGAAACGACAAGGUUGAUAUCAACUCAAUGGAUUGCUAUUGCGGAACACCGCUUUCGUGGGCCGCAAAGAAUGGGAUGGACAAAAUAGUGGAGCAAUUGCUUCAACGCAAAGAGAUUAAGGUGAAUCUCACCAAUUGCUACCACCGCACACCCUUAUCCUGGGCAGCAGAGAACGGGCACGAUGCAGUGGUGAGUCAAAUCCUUCAAGUACAAGAGGUUGACUUCAACUUUCCGGACUGCAAUGGUCGCACACCCUUAAGUUGGGCUGCUAAAAAUGGACGCGAGGAGGUGGUCAAAUUGCUGGUUCAAAAAAAUGGAGUAGAUGCAAACUUAUAG